AUGACGUCAGAGGAGGCUGCGACGGUAUAUAGGAGAUGCGCAGACGCAUCUGACGGUUGUAUAUUAGUAUAUUUGAAUAGUGUGAGCGCCAAGUUUAUUGUGAACGUUGAACGAAAGAAAAUGCUACGCUUUACGAUAUUAGCCGCAGUGGUGGUGUUCGCCUCAGGCGCGCCCCAGUCCAACUUCAUCUUCAAGAAUGACAUCACUCCUGAGGAAGCACAGCAGUACCUGAAACAACUGCCGUUCACCUCACCCCAGCUCGCUGGACGCACCGCUGUACUGCCCCUGGUUCGUUACGAUGACCCUAGGUUUCGUUCAGCUGAAGCUGGCCCAACCCUUGGACACUACUGGAAGAAUGGAGAGGAGAUCAAGAAUACAGAAGACUACUUAGAAGAGGUCUACGACGCAGCCCAGUACCACGGCCAGGACGGUCUAGGUAAUUACGCCUACGGAUACGAGACCCCUGAAUCCUCGAAGGUUGAGAACCGUGAAGGUUCUGGAGUCGUCCAAGGAUCCUACGUGUACCAAGUCCCCGGAAUGAAGGAUCUCGUCAAGGUCCGUUACUGGGCUGACAGCCAAGGUUUCCACCAGGAAGACAACCUUCCCAAGGUAGAGCUGAAACCCGCUGAAGAGACCCCAGCUCUUAGGGAAGCCCGUCUUGCUUUCGAAAAGGCAUGGAAGGAGGCAGCUGAAGCCAACUCCCACCAACCCACCGUCCAGCCCGCCAUCAACGUUAACCAAUACGCUAACUACCAGGCUCAAGCCUCAGAACCUGACGCAGUUGUGGUCGCCGCCCCCGAGGCCAACCAAGCUCGUGAUGGCAAAGCCCUAGCGUAUGCUCAAGCACAAACCUACCAACAGGGCAAACAAUACGCACAACAGAAAUACGGACAGCAGGAACAGCAAGUCGGUCCUGAUGGCAAAUACGAAGAACCUGAACCUACUGGUCCCCCUCACGGUUUCUUCUACAGCUUCACCUACCCCGUCUCCAUCAUCGUCCCCAAGAAGGACUUGGAGGCGUCCAACUACCCCGUUGACCACGACACCGUUGGAGUUGGCCACCAAUAA